AAAGGAAUGUAAGUGGUGAUUGACAGUGACUGUCCGACUCGUGUCAGCAACCUCAUUACUGUGAGGAAGAAUGAAAGAGAUUGGAUUUCCUAAAAAAGAACAAAAACCUGUCAUCAAAUUUGUUAGAUAGUGGGAGGAAUUAUUGUCACAAAGGGAGUAAAAGGGGUGAAAAUUUGCAGAAACAGAAUGCUGCAACAAAUCUUUAAUAGGAACAGGAAAACAUAUGGACAUCCAUAUGCAUACACUGACGAACCAAAACAUUAUGACCAUCCCUGCAUUUUUCAUUGAACUCAUCUGGAUGGCAUGUAGGGCAGGUGAUUAAGUAGGAAUGGUAUUUAACUGCUGAGGGAGAAGGUAAGGAAUCAUUCUUGCUCUUACUUUUGUGAGUGCUGGGGAAGGCUGCUGAUCUAAGCAAAUUUGAUAGAUGGCAGAUUGUAAUGGGCCAAGGACACGGAAAAUUAUCUCCAAAACUGCACAACUGGUAGGUUAUUCACAAUCUGCCAUUGUUAGCAUUUAUGCAAAGUGGAUAAAUGAUGGUGAAACCAGCAGUAGAGGCCAAGAUGUUUGAUGUCCACACCUCACAAAGAAAAGGAUGUUUGAGACUGUCCCACUUGGUACAGCAAAAUCGGCAGCAGACAGUGGCUUAGCUGACAGCCCAGUACAAUGCAGGUCCAAGUGUUUCAGAAUGUGCAGUUCAAUGAACAUUGUUGGAUGUGAGACUGUACAGCAGACAUCUCACUUGUGUGCCUUUGUUGAUCAAGUUUCAGAUCCAUGGAUAGGUGGAAGACAAUUGUCUAAUCAGAUUAAUCAUGAUUUUUCAUUCAUCAUCUCGAUGAUCAUGUCAGAGUAUGCCAUUUUCUAGGUGAUCAGAUGCUCCCCUCCUGUACAGCAGGUCAUACACAGGCUAGUGGUGGCAGUAUUAUCCUUUGGGGGGACAUUCUCAUGGGUACCUCUGGGACCCUUAGUUGUAGUCCUCCGAGACCUGACUAUGAAAGCUGUGAACUAUCUGAACAUAACUGUGGAUCAUGCACCCUCACUUGCUGUCUGAUAUCCCAACUGGAAAUGAAAUUUUCCAGCAGCGCAAUGCCCCAUAUCACAAAGGUUUGAAUUGUGUUGGAGUGGUUCGAGGAGCAUAAGGAUUAAUUCCAUUUAAUGUCCUGGCCACCUAAUUUACCAAAUCUUAACUUGAUAGAGCACAUUUGGGAUGUCAUCGAGUAGCAGUUCAGAGCUCAAACCAUGUCAGAAUAUCUUGACUUUGUGUGACCACUGCUCAGAUAUUUGGUACAACCUAUCUCCAGUCAUCUUCCAAGAACUUGUGACGUGCACCCCAAGGCAAGUUGCAGCUGUUUUGUAGGCCAGAGGUUGGGCAGUGCAUUAUUGAGUAGGUAGGUGGUCACAAUGUUUUCACUCUUCAAUGUAAAUAUGUACUGCAAUUAUAAUAAUAUAGUAAUUAAAAUGUGUUUAUACUGUUUGCAUUGUAUAGAGGAUGUUAAAAAUUCUUACGGUUGACUACAGUAUUUUGAAGAUAAUAUUCCACUUGGCCAGAAGAAAUCACUUAGCAUUUUUUUUUUAAGCAAUCAUUGAAUUAUAUGGAAUACUGAUAUACGGGGAGACGAAUUAGCAAGAUUCUGCUUUGUUGGUUUUAUGUAUUUUUUUAGAUACAUGUAAUUAUUUAUCAAAGUAUUAAUUCUUUGAUAUUCUUGCAGAAUGUGAUAAUACAGAAGUGCGUGAUACAGCUUUAGCUGGGAGGAUGAAGUUUUCAGAAUUUGACAUUGAUAAAGUAAUGAAGAAUGGAAGUAAUUUACUAGCAUGUGAAAGCACAAAUGUUGAUGUAUUUGAAAAUGCAGGUAUGGACCCACAAGAGCAUUUAGCCAGGCAACGACAGAUGCUAAACAAACACUUGGGCCUCAAUUUUUCAUCUUUUAUUGGACUUGAUACUAAUUAUUUAUCAGUUGAGGAUUUUGAACUUGAUCAAAAACCAAAUGAAAUAAAAAAGCUUGAUGAAACUGAAACUUCUAACUCAGCAGUAAAUGCAAAUGAUAGUAUGGUGAAGCAGUUUAAAAUCAGAACUUCAAGUAAAAAUAGUAUUACCUCUCAUGCCUCAAAUGGACCUGAAUAUGAGCCACUGAAGAAGAAAUGGCGAUGUGAUGAAAAUUCAGACCCUGAGGAAAUGUCUGUUGACAUAUCUAAUACAGAAAAUUUGUGGGAAGAAUCUAAGCAGUGGCCUCUUGAAGCAUUUAGCGAUACUCUGGUUCAUGAUCUGUUAAAUGCAUCCUGGGAUAUUAGGCAUGGUGCUGCAACUGCUUUGAGAGAAAUAGUUCGCAUACAUGGAAAGAGUGCUGGAAAGCGGGCAGAUGCUUCUCCUGAUCAGAUGGAAAUUCUGAAUCAGUUAUGGCUUGAAGAUUUAGCAUUGAGACUAACCUGUGUUUUAGCAUUGGAUAGAUUUGGAGAUUUUAUAUCUGAUCAAGUUAUAGCUCCAGUGCGAGAAACUUGUGCUCAAGUUUUAGGUGCAGUAACGAAUAUUAUGUCUGAAGAUCACGUUGCAAAAGUGCUGCAGAUUUUGCUACAGUUAUUGAGUAGACCUGAAUGGGAGGCUAGACAUGGUGGAUUAUUAGGGUUAAAAUACAUUUUAUCUGUACGAAAGGAUAUGAAUUCAUUUAUGAUACCACUUGUGUUUCAACCUGUGUGUGAAUGCCUUAAAGAUAAUGUUGAUGACGUGAGUGCAGUUGCAGCUGCAGCAUUAGUCCCUGUUACAAGUACUAUUGUUAAUACUUUACCAGAAAAGAUUCCAUCUGUUAUAGCUUCAUUGUGGGAUGCUCUUUUAGAUCUUGAUGAUUUAACAGUUUCCACAAGUAGCAUAUUACAGCUUUUGGCAUCUUUAUUAUCAUUUGCUUCUGAACAUUCUUCAGAAAGUUACUCAAAUUUUGAAGAGCUUAUUCCCCGUCUUUGGCCAUUUUUAAGUCAUAAUUCAUCAGGUGUAAGAAAAUCUGUUCUGCAAGCCCUUAUCACUUUGACAUCAAGUACCAGUUCUCAGCCUUGUCCCUCAUGGCAUCCAGGCAUAUUGCAGCCAGCACUACGUCUUUUAUUUCAAAGGUGUUUAAUUGAGCCUCUUCCUGAAAUACAUGAUUUUCUUUUUACUGUGUGGAAAAAUAUAAUUUCUCAAGCACCUUUAAUAUCUGUAAUUUCAUCUGUUAUUUCGUAUCUUAGUUCUUGGUUAACAAUGUUAAUGCAACCAUCUACUGUACCAAUUGAUCCCAAUGUAAAUAGUGCCUGGCUAGAGGUUCCACAUAAACUAAAGGAUAAAAUGUGUGCUCGUGGUCGUAAUUCUGGUAUAUCUGGUUGCUCAAGAGUAGUGCAAGAACAGUAUUAUAUUGGAGGAAAUGAUUCUAUUAAUGAAAGCUUUAAGGAAAGAGAAAAGUGUGUUGCUCGAGCUAGGAUGACUGGUGCAAAGUUUAUUGGUUUUCUUUCUUCUUACAUUACAAAACCUAUCCCUGGUGUUUUGUAUCCUCCAGAAACUGAAACACCGACUGAGUCAUUUGUAAAACUUGUUUUGUUUCAUUUGAAUUGGAAAUCUGCUUUACAGAGAUUGGCUGUUUCUUUGGUUUUAAGUGAAUGGGCAAAAUUUGAUGAGAAUAAUACUUGUCCAGAUUCCAUCAAAGAAAAGUGCUUAGAAUGCCUAAGUGAAACAGUAUAUUAUGAUGAAAUUGCUGUUGCUUUUACAAGGUUGCAACAAGACUGUAAAGACUUUAUAGCGCUUUUGAAGCAUUAUUCAGUUCCAGUGGACCAAUAUUUUCAAACAGGGUGAA